AUGACUUAAUAUUGACAAGGACCAAGGCGAGCACAGUGAAGAAGGAAGAAAAUUGGAAGCAGCAUAAAUAGGCCACCAAUGCACAUUUUUCUUCCUCCAUGACUGCUACCAUGUCUGGCCCUAUUCCUAAUGAUCACUGGCUCCAUUUCUAUCAACAAAACCAAUUCCCCUCUUCCGUUUCCGACGCCACAACCGUGACAACCACCGCCGCGCCGGCCAAGCUAAGCCCAGAAGGCGGAGUCUCAAAGCCCAUUAGACGGCGUUCACGGGCCUCAAGGAGAACUCCCACCACUCUGCUGAACACGGACACCAGCAAUUUCCGGGCCAUGGUGCAACAGUUCACUGGAGCUCCUUCUGCGCCUGAUAUGUUUGGGAGCCCAGUCCCUGUCAACCCAAAUGGCCUCAUGUUGGCCCCUUCUCAGUCCCUUUAUCACCAACAAAACCACUUAGCAUACAGAGAUGGUGGAGACAAGGGUUUUUUUCAGAGACUGAGCAACCCAACAGCAACAGCUCCAAAUAAUGAUCGAGCUGAUGAGGUUUUGGUGGACCAUGGCGGGCGUUUCUUCCCAACAACUUCUUCUUGAAUCUUGUUUGUCUCUCCAAUAGGAAGGAGCUUUUAAGUUUCUUCCAUACAUAAAUUCAGCAGAUAAUUAGGUGCUAACUUGUUGACCAACCCUAUGUGAAAUGGAACUAUAUAUAUUUCCACCUGCACCUGCACCACACUUUCAGCUCUAUCUUAUUUUUUGCCCUUCCUUGCUUCAAAUCGAAUCCAGCUAUGUUCUUUUUUUCAUUAUGCUGUGUCGUCGUUGGCUUUCCUUUUCUAUUUAAAUUUGUGUAUUUGUUUUUUAUCUUAAUCUUGAUUGGGACCCUUCUCUUUAGAGAGUCCUAGCCCGAUUAUAGUUUAAUUAUUUUGGAUAUGGUCACUCGGUUAGGCUAUGCCAAUACUUUUACGUGUGUUGACUUGC